CUCCACAUUCCAUCCAUCCAUCCCCAGCCAGCCCCUUCCUCACUCUCAUCGAUUACUGAUCCACCACACACCAGCACUAUCUGAUGAGCAAGGCCCUAGACCCGCUGCGGCGGCUGGUGGUCCAGUUUAACGCUCGACUCGCCCACAUCAGGGCGUUUCCGACAGCAAACACCGCUCCACCACCGGCCCCACCCCACCACCUCCAUGCCCCCUCCGUCCCCUUCUCGAAGCCGCUCCCAGCCUUUGGCCAAUUCCAGGUCAAGGUCCCUUACCCAUCCCAUAAGGAUGGCCCCGUGCUCUUGGCACACCUCAACCGAGAGUUCAAUUCGUUCGCACGCAACCUCUUUGUCCCCGAACCCGUUCGUGUCGCAGCCGUCGAUUAUGCCUGUCGCUCUGCAGGUCGUCCCCAGAUUGCUUCGCUCCUCUCGAAGGGAUCCCAGAGGAUGAUCCAUCAUCAACCCCUCAGGUUCGCGGUCCCACAUGGUUUCGCCAAGAACAUGGGCGUCUUCUCUACCCGCGGGUUCAGUUCUGGAGCCACAGCCUUCCAACCGGCACUGAACGGUCCCGUCAAGAUGAUGGCGCAGAUGUAUGCCAAGCCUUUGGGUUCGUUGCCUGCAAAUUCCCAAAAACUUUCGGAGAAGGAUCACCAUCAACAGUACCGACUCCGCACCAAGAAGAGACAGGACCGAAACAAGAACCGAAGCGGCGAGAUCAAGAAGCGUACGACUGAGAGCCGUCUCUCGAGCUCGACCAUCCGUGCGUUCCUGAACCGUGCCACCCUUGUUGAGCAGCAGCACCAGAUCCUGUCGGUUUCCGGUGCCGCCAAUGUGCCUAUCACAACUGCCACCGCCAUCUCGCUCGCCAAGGUUGCCGGCAAGUCUGUCGAAGCAAUCCAGGAACUUCCCAAGCUGAACUGCUCCGAGUCCUGCCCGACAAAUGUCGAGAUGUCCUUCUUACUCGAUGCCUCGCCGCUCUGGCAUCUGGAUACGAUGGUCUCGGCUCUGCAUACGGAUUCCCUGCGGGCGCCCAAGGAGCUCAACGGAGGGUUUAUCGAGAACCUGCUCGAGAUCACCAACGCCCAAUACCAACACUUCCUCGAAGUUUCGGCCAUCCUCCAGAAACUGGUCCAGUGCCCCGAAGCACGCGAGAUUACGUUGGAAGGAUAUGAGCUUCGAGUUUAUUUCGUCGGGACGACCUUGUUUGAUAUGGCACAGUUCCUGAAGCAGCUUGGAAUUGACCCCAAGAGCCCGCACUUUGACCUGGAGGAGGUGUAUGUAGAUGAAACUAUGGCCCGUGAACAGUACUUUCCACAGGCGUCUGUGAAUGAUUACUAUGCGCCGUCGUUGUCCGACAAUGAGACCUGGGAUGAGUGCAGCAGUUUGCAGAGCUCGAUGAUGAUGUAUACGGAUUCGGAACGGAAUUCGAGUGUAUCAAGUUUUGCGACGCUUGAGGACUUACCGGAGCAGGAGAGUCCAUGGGAGGGCGUCGUUCCCGUCGCCGAUACUGCUGACGAAGCCGAGGAUAUCGAGACUGAGGCCGAGGCCGAGCAGGAGGCACAGGAGGUCCCACAGGAGCAGGACAUUGAUGCGAUGAUGGAGAUGACGGCCUCUGCUGUUGUUGCACCUGCGCUCUCCGCAGAUGGUCUCUUCCCGGGCGAGGAAGUUGUGAGUCCAUGGAAGGGUGCUUCGACGGCGAUAACUGCAGCAUCGAUGAUUCAGGAAUCGACCGAACACUUGAACGAGCUGUCGAGCCGGAUCUUGAACUCGGCGGUGGUGAGCGAAGAGUACUUUGACAACAUCCGUGGGUUCUUGGAUAGCAUUGAAGCUGUGCAUCGACACUCGGAGAAGCUGUUUGGAAGCCCUGCUUCGCCAUUCUGAGAGCGGCUGGUGAUGUAAAGCGCCAUUUUUUAUGACAUUCUUCUCUACUUUAUGGAUACACCCACCCCACCCCGCCCCACCCCCUUUUCCUUUUCCUCUCCACUUUCCGACUUUUCUGUCCUCUCCACCACCCGUUAAUUUUCAUAGUCAUUGUCCUUGCGUGCACGAACGUGAUGAUUUUCUUUUAUCAAUAAAUACCAACAGAAAUAA